UUUCCCUUGAGUUCCUUUCGCUUCACAACCGUUUUCCUUCAGUUUCAUCGAUGCCACUGCACAUAAGAAUCUGUCGCUUCGUAUUGUCUACAAUUCACCAAAAAGGGGUCACAGAUACUCAGCGACUCAUGCAUGGUGGUCCCGUGUACAGAGUCACGAUAUGGUCCUUUGUAUCGAGGGACGCUUGUAUCAUACUGUUGUGGUAGGGGAGCCUGGUCUCGCUCACGAUUCUAUUUUGACCUUCCACUGUCAUUCACCUUCUCGACAUCUUUUUUUCUUCUUUUCACCGGACAGGCUCCAUGGAUGAUAAAUGCAGGUUUUAUUCUUAUGAUUCCCUUCGCACACGUGGGAACAAUUAGCGAUUCUCACUAUCUAGAUAGCCUAUGGAAUAGGAAAUCUUCAGUUGUUUACGCUUCUCAAGCUAUUGUUCAAAUCCGCAGCACCUCCCAAUGCAGAAUAUGCGGUGACCAUACACUCCUACCUAAUGUCUCUGAACGAAGCAAUGUCUAACCUGAAUGUAUCAUCACAAUAUAAUAACGAUUAACAUCGACGGGGGUAUUGUACACAAAAAGUCAACCAAAAUAUGCAACUAAAC